AUGGAGUAUAACAAACUUUUAUUAAGUGUUUUUAUUUUUUCUUUAUUUUUUCUAUUAAAUAAUAAAAUACAAUGUCAAACUUUUCUUCCAGUGUCUUAUGCAACACAUCACUUAUAUUCGUUUGAUAAAUUAACACCCCACGAAAUAAAAAGUAAUUUAAAAAAAACAAUUGUAAAUUUUAUAACCACAAAAUUAGAAAAUAUUAAAAGUAAAUUUCAAAGAAAUGAUAAUAACGAUGAUAUAAAAAAUGAAUAUGAAACAUCUUUAGAAGAUAAAGUAAAAUCAUUACUACAACAAGCGAAAAAUAAAAGAAUUUUAUCCAAAAAAAUAAAAGGAUCUUAUGAUCGUGCAUUAAAAAAUUUAAAAAAGAAGGGGAACACAGUGAAUGAAGAAAAAAUAACAAAAAUUUUAGAGCAUAAUUUAGAACAAAUAAAAUAUCUUAAUAAAAAAUCAGAUUAUUUAGAAAAGAGAGCAGAAGAUUUAAAAAAACAUUUAGAAGAAACAAAAAAUGAAAAUUACAAACAAAAUAAUAAUUGUAACAUUUCAAAAAUAGGAAAAUUAAAAUUUGUCACUUCAUCUAAUGGAUUAAAACAUUCAAUUGAUAAUGUUCAAGGAAAUGUUAACCAAAAUGGUUUUACAAUCUUUCAUAAAAAUAAAAAAAAAAUGACGUACUACUGGAAUGUUAUAGAGUUACCUAUUAAAGUAAUUGGAAGUGUUGAGCAAUGUUUCUUCUUUGUUUAUAGAAAUAAUAACCAAAUUUUUUGUGCAGAAAAUAAACUAAAAAGUUAUUCUUGGAUUAAUAGUCUAAGUGAAGCUUCACUCUGCUAUAAUUUUGAUAUUAAAGGAAUUAUAAUAAAUAAAAAUAUUAUUAAUGAUAAAUUAAUUAAAAAGAAAAAAAUAAAUGAAAAUAUGUUAACUGUAGAUAUAAAGCCAGAGGAAAAUUCCACCCGUAUUUUUGUUAAUGAUGUUGAACAAAAAUUAAAAGAUAAUGAAGAUAUAAUUGAUUUAAAUAAAAUUAAAAAAAAUAUGGAAGAUGAAAAAAAAAUAAACAAAAAAUCAGAAAUAACUAGUGGAAUAAACAAUGAAAGAGAAUAUCAAACUGAAGAUAGUAAUGAAAAUGAUGAAGACAGCGAAAAUGAAACUGAAGAAUGA